CGCUGUACACAAGGCCCAUCUAUUCACCACCCAAGGCCCAUCUGCUCUGCUCCGCUGUACACACACGAGCGCCACCGCACGAGCCGAGCCUUCCUCCUGCUACCACCUAGCUCGGGGGCCCGUUCACGGUUCACCCAAACAGACCCAGAGAGGAGAGAGGAGAUCAUCGUCACCAGCAAGCAUCGUCCCUCGGCUCCACCCCCCACGUACGUACGCGCGCAAAUCCCCCUUCGCUUUACGCCUCCCCGAUUCUGAUUCCGCAUCGCCAUCAUCAACCAAUGAUUCCCUCCGCCUCCUCCUAGCCUCGCCCUCGCCUCGCGUCGCGUCGGGUCACUCGCACCUCCCGGAGGAGCCCGGCGGGCGCCGCUCCGACCCCAGCUCGCCCGCCGGAUCUCCGCCGGCCGGCGCCGCCCGCGGUCCUGCUCCUGAGUCCUCCAGCUCCGGCGGCGCGCGACGCGACGCUCCCCGAGGCCGCGGGCGCCGAAAGUCAACCCACGAUCCGCCCGCCCCGCCCGCCCCGCUCGCCGGGCGCCCCGCUCCCGGUCAACGCCCCGCCGCGGCGAUCCGAUGGGGUCGUUCAAGGGCCACGCGCUGCCGGGCACGCUGUUCCUCCUCGUGGGGCUGUGGCGGGCCUGGUCGUCGGCGUCGCGCUUCGCCGCCGCGCCCGCAGCCUUCCGCGUCCGCGCCUGGAACCCCGUCCCCUCGUCGUCCCCGCUGCGGCUGCUCGAGCUCUACGUGAUCGCCGGCGGCGCCUUCGCGGACAUGUGCGUCGAGGUGCUCUACUCCACGCACCUCCGCGUCUUCGCCGCCGGCGGCGUCAACCCCGCCCACCUCAACGACCUCGAGCACGGCGGCAUGCUCCUCAUGUUCUUCCUCUUCGGCGCCCUCGCGCUCGCCUCCCAGCUCCACCCCAGGUACCUGCCCUUGACCGAUGGCGUCCUGUGCCUGAUGGCGGCGACGGCGUUCACGGCGGAGUUCGUGCUCUUCUACUUCCACUCCACCACCCACAUGGGGCUGGAGGGCUACUACCACUUCCUCCUCGUCGUCCUCAUCGGCCUCUGCAUCGCCGCCACCGUCCUCGGCGCGCUCCUCCCGGAGAGCUUCCCCGUCGACCUCGCCUCCGGCGUCCUCAUCGCCCUGCAGGGCCUCUGGUUUUACCAGACGGCGUUCACGCUGUACGGGCCCAUGCUCCCCAAGGGCUGUGCCCGCGACGCCGGCGGCCACAUCGAGUGCCGCGCGCGCGCCACGCAGGAGCGCGCCGAGCAGCUCGCCAACUUCCAGCUGUUCGGGCUCGUGUUCCUGGCCUUCGUGUACGUGCUCGGGUGCUACGCCGUCGCCGCGGCUAGGCACGGGCACCCGGACCUGACGGCGAUGCACGACGAGCACGUCGCCGCGAUGGAGGUUGACGCUGGCGGCGCCGGCGCCGGCGGUGCUCAGGAGGAGUGCGCGAUCUAGUGCACGCAGCUGCUGCUGUUAUUCUUUGGAUUUCGUAUAGGAGUACAUGAACUGACUGCUGGGCCGUUCAGAGUUUUCAGACUUGAGAGCUCGGCUUACUGUAGGGAGUGUACAUUUUGGGAUUAGUUAAAAGCGAAAUUACCGGAGCUUUUUGUCCUGAAA